AUGCUCGCCUUUACAUACCGCGCCUUGGCGCCAGUCUUCCAGUUCCUGGCCACAUGCUUUCGCAUGCUGUUCCACUACCCUAUCGUUGUCUUACAGACCCUCUACUGCUUCUUGGAAGCCAUCUCUGUGAAGACGCACUUCAUCAUCGUGGAGUGCAUCUUGGUCAUGUUCGUUGUCUCGUUCUUUGCCAUGGCGUUCAUUUUCGCCAUUGCAAACGAUCGCCAUGAGGCCGACGAGAAGAAAAUGCGCAAAGAUGGGAUCCUCGCCCGGGAGGAUCAACAUAGCCGACACGUUGCCGAGAAGGAGAACCAGCAUGAUCGUCACAUUGCUGACAAGAAGGCAUGUCACCUUCGCCAAGUCGAAGAAAUCGAGAUGUGCGAGGAACUUAUAGUUGGCAUUGUGUUAAACAACACCAAGUCCGACCAGAUUCACGCUGCGCUGCUGAAGAAGCUCAGCGAGCUGGUGACUCUCCAGGAGGUCGACCAGGCGAUCGCGCAACAUAUGAAGGUUGUCUCUGGCUCUGCUGCGCCCUCACAGUGCCCAUAUCCCGCCAUCUCCGACACCAUGGCUGCUUUUUCAGUGGACAUCGGUGUGCACAUGCAACUCCAGAUCAACGAGGCUGUCGCGCGUGGGUACGAGCGGCUGAUGACUUCGCCUCCGCUGUCAUACUCUCCCAUCCAGUCUCAAGAGACUAUGAGCACGCCGCCUACAUGGCAGAAGCCGUCACUGAGCAUAUCUCCAGUGAGCAGCACGGAGACUACACCGAUCUCUCCACCGAAUGACACGCUGAGCAUCUCAGAUGUCGUGGCUCAGGAUACUGCACCAGUUGCUUCCGCGAAGCCCGUCCUGUCGUUGUCUCUUGUCUCAAGCCAGGACACUGAGCCUCUCGACAUCUGUCAGUCAAAGCUCUCGAUUGGCCCCAUCGUGUCGCAGAGCACGGCACCACUGCAGGCCCAGCCCCUGAAGCUGUCGAUGAGCAAGAUCGAAGCUGUCUCCACUUCUCCUCUUGAAGUGGCUCCUACUCCGCUGGCUAUCUCCGAAGUCAAGACAGUUCUUGAGCAAGCCCCAGUCUCAUGUCAAGCCAUAUCAGAUGCAGCCGAAGCAAAGGAAGUCGUUGCACAGCUUCUUGCUGUCAUCAACGGUUGGAAGACACGCUCUGGAAAGUACCAAGGUCUCACAUUUCAAUGCAUUACCUUCGACGUCGAUCGUUUGCAGAAUGACGAAGCCGCUUCGGCACUCAAAGAUUUCAAAAAGAAGGUCAACAUGCUAUUCUUUGGAUACGCCCAGAACGAAGACGCAGCUCGCUCAGAUCUACGCCUUGCGACAUCGGAAAGCGAUAGAUUGAAGUCAGCGAUCGAUGGGUUGCAGUCCGAUAACAACGAGUUGAAGUCGGCGAUAAUCCAACUGAAGUCAGAAAUGGAGGGUUACGCUGGCGCCUUCGCUGCCAUGCAGUGCGAGGACUAUGACGAAGAUCUCGAUCAGUUCGAGCAGCAACUCGCGGAGCAGGGCGAGCAAGUUGUUGUGGCCGAUGAGGCUAUGACUCCUGUCAUAACUGGCAUUGUUGCGACUGCCGCCCCUCUCGCCCCAGUAUCGUCUCUUCCCGACAUCAGUGUGCCAACUCAGACACACGUCGCUGCCGCCGCCGAGGAACCCGUGAAGGCACUAUCUCCUCCACCUUCAUUCGAAAAGAAGGUUACGACGCCCCCUGCGACUGGCCUUUUCGCGAGUUCCUUCGCUUCUGAAGUGUCUUCGAAGCCUCCAAACUUUCCUGUACCAGUACACACGCCCAUUAAAAUUGUGGCGAAGGUUUUCACGCCACCUAAAGUUGAGCAUGAAGUUGCGAGCUCCUCUGGGAAUGGCCCUUUGGCGAGCGCUUUCGCUUCUGCAGUCUCUUCGAAGCCUGCUAACUCUCCUGCCCCCGUUCAGUCAAACGCCGAGACAAAUACGAAGGCUGCCGCGGCACCUACAGUCAAUCAGGCUGCGAGAUCCACCGGGACCGAUCUUUUCGCGAGCAUUUUCGCCUCUGAGGUGUCUUCGAAGCCUCCGACCUUCCCUGUGCCAGUCCAGUCACACACUGGUACGGAGGCGAAAACUACCACGCCAACCCCCUCCGCCCCAAAGAUCGAAGAGGUCACCGAAAAUGCCGAGAAUGGAAUCCACUGCGAUAUCUGUGAUUUGAUGGUCACAGGCGGUAUGAAGAAGCAUGCAGAGAAUCGCCAUGGUUACUGUAUGAUAUGCAAACAGAUGGUCUCAGGAGACUGGACCAAUGACCGCUUUACCUACGACAAGCACAAGGAGCAGUGUCGCACAAUCUUCAAGCCAGAGUCAGCGGUGAAGGCCCCUGUUAUACCAAAGCCUUCUGCGGCUACAUCAAAGACGCUGGUACACACCCCCAAGCCACCAACCACCCCUACGACCAGCGGAACUACCAAAACCUUCGUCUGCAGACACUGCCACGAAGACGUGAUCGCGCCCGUGAUCACCGUUCGCGAAGGCCACCAGAUCGGCGACUUCUCCAAGCACAAUAUCACCUGCCGCGGCGCGCGGACGUACGUGAAGUUCUACUGCGUCAACUGCGGCAUGGGGGUCACCAACACCGACCAGUUCCACGCCGAGCAUAGGCAGGCAUGCCAGAAGGACGCGAGCAAGAUUGGAAACUUCCGGGCUUUUGACAAGACGACUGGUUUACGGAUUGGGGAUUCGACUGAGGGACUGCCGCCGAUGGCGCCGCGAGUGAUGCUGGGACGAACGGAUGGGAGUAGGUCCUCCAAGCCGCCGACGAAGGGUCGGGGGCCCAUGCUUGGUUCGCGGCACUCGACGCCGGUGAAGAUUGCGACGCCUGAGGGAUCGCAGGCUGAGCGUGAGGCUCGUGGCCGUGGAGCUGCGUCAUCCUCGCCGCUGCAGCCGCAAUGGGAGGGUAACGUGAUUAGGUACUAG